UGGCCGACAGUCUGGACGAUGUCGGUAUUAUCUUCCUUGCUCAACGCGGAUGUUUUCUUUUUUGAUUAGAAACAUCGUUGUUUUCGACUUCCAGUCAGGCCACCAGGGGUUAAGACAAGGAAUCGAUUGUCCUCCAGCUACGCCUCCCUUGCAGUUUUCGUGUAUUUACGUUUCAUCAUCCGUCCGCUAAGCGGCGCUGCUCUGUUCCUUUUUGUGGCGUUCAGAGGUCCAUCGCGGUCUGCUUUGUGUUUGUGUUGCACGGCGCUGGUUCCCGUUUCUCCGCCAGUUUUGGACACGGCCCGUGCGGUUCGGCGUCGCAGCAACAAGGUGUUUGUUUGUUUGUUUGUUUGUUUGUUUGUUUGUUUUAUCUUGAUCUCCGUGUGCAAACCAUGCAACUGCGGUCGCUGGGUCCUGCAUAGCGCGCUAGGCUUCCUGCAAGAGGGUUAAACACACGGAGAGCCCCUCCGGUCCGGGAGAACAUGGAGUAGCCCGGUGCCGCGGCGGCACUCGAGACACGUCGGAAACGGGAUGGCGCCGUGCGUGACCCGGGCUUGCCGCAGCCUGGCGCUGUCCACAUGGCUGCUGUCCCUGUGCUUCGUGCAUUUGCUCUGCCUGGACUUCACCGUGGCCGAGAAGGAGGAGUGGUAUACGGCGUUCGUGAACGUCACCUACGCGGACCCCGUCACGUCGGAGGUGCGCACGGAGAAGACCGAGUGCGGCCGCUACGGAGAGCAGUCCUCCAAGCGCGAGGCCAGAGGGCCGCUCGCGAUGGCCGUCUCCCCGCACGAGAGGCGAGCGUGCGACCCCGGCACGAAGUUCGCGGCUCCCAAACGACCGACCGCGUGGAUCGCGCUGAUAACCGGGGGGAACUGCACGUUUGCGGAGAAGAUUCGCCACGCAACAGUCCAGAACGCCUCCGCCGUGGUCAUAUUCAACGCGGGGUCUGCAAACCCCAACGAAACGAUCACCAUGGCGCAUCCAGGUUUAGGUGAUGUUGUAGCGAUCAUGAUCCCAGGACCUAAAGGUCAAGAGUUAGUGCGGUUACUGGAGCAAAACAUCACCGUGCACAUGCACAUCACUAUAGGAACACGCAACCUGCAGAAAUACGUCAGCCGCACCUCCGUGGUCUUCGUCUCCAUCUCCUUCAUCAUCCUCAUGAUUAUCUCCUUGGCAUGGCUUGUCUUUUACUACAUCCAGAGAUUCAGAUAUGCCAGUGCCAGGGACCGCAACCAGAGACGUCUUGGCGAUGCUGCUAAGAAGGCUAUCGGCCAACUCCAGAUACGGACCAUUAGGAAAGGAGACCAGGAGACGGAGACUGAGUUUGAUAACUGUGCCGUGUGUAUUGAAGGCUACAAGGCCAACGAUGUGGUGAGAAUUCUGCCCUGUAGGCAUCUCUUCCAUAAAGGCUGUGUGGACCCUUGGCUGGUGGACCAUCGUACCUGCCCCAUGUGCAAAAUGAACAUCCUCAAAGCGCUGGGCCUCACGUCGAGUGCUGAGUGUUUGGAGGAUCUUGCCCUGGACUAUAACCUGGCCGUGGGUGGCGUGACCCUGAAUGCCAUGGUGAUGAGUGAUGAUGUCAUGGUGGGUGAUGUGGCAGUGGUGCGCGACCCCGGGAUGCGAAUGGUGGGUCUCCCUCAAGUCCUCCUAGACUCUGAGCCUUUGUCAGAGGACACGAUGAUGACUGAACAGAGUGAGUGGCUUAGCUCAUGCACGGAGGUUUGCAUCCAUCCGGUUCCUCUGAGGGUGAGCUGCAGCCAAUGGCGAGUAGCAGCUCAGAAGUGUCACUUGCUAUGGGGGCGGGGCACUUGGAUAUGGACACGCCUGCAGAAGAUGUAAAGUGCUGAACAAAGAAUGCAAACCCCACUCAAACUGCAGCCCCACAUACCUGAGUUGCCCCUUGCAACGAAAGCGAGUUACCAUGGCAAUGGGUCCAGUGGGUAAUGUGCACACGAACCCCCUUCCAGUGGAAGCUCCAAGCCAAUGACAUCACGCUAUACCAUCACUCUGUACUCUGACUGUUCUCUCUCUCUCUCUCUCUUCUUUACACUAAGCCCUGAAGCAGUUCCUCUCCUGCAGGUUCAAAUGCUUACUUCAGAGUGUGCACUAGAGUAUUCACUAGGGCAAAGGGCACUAGUACAUUCCUGACAGACGGUCUGCUGUGUGCUGCUCGACAAUCAGACCAGAGCAAGUCCCUCACGUCUGUACCAAACUCAGCAGGGUACCACAGUAGCUCCAAAAAGAGAGGGAGGAAGUAGUGUUUUAUUUUUCUAUAGAAAUGCAUUUGGAGUGUGGGGGAAAAAAAGUACAGUAUUUGAUGAAACUUCGCAAAGUAUUAAAGUACUGAACUGCUGCCUCCAUGGAGGGAGGAACGGAAGCACGAAAACGCCAAACUUUUGGACUUUGGGGCAUUCUACUCAUGUGACAAGUGUUAGAAUUUUCCAGAAAGUGCUCUUGGGCCUCGUUUCGACUCGUGCAUGAAGCAGCCCUUACACGCCUGGGUCUGUAUAUAUGUGGAUUCCAUUCACAUUUGUAACUCGGUUCGUUCACGUCUUAAAUUUAUUGUAUAUUGUAAAUAGAAGUAUUUUGUCAACUCUGUCCUGUGCUGGGAGAUUUUCUCCUUCGUACAUGUUUUCCUGAUCAUGCACUUUUAUCUAGUCAGAGGUUAAAGUUCAAAGUGGAUAAUUUCAUGACUAGAUCCUGAUGUCAAGUAAACACAUCUGGUCUCAAUCUCCUUUUGGGAGUUAACACACAUGACUAACACUAAGCAAAACACACACACACACACACACACACACCUCUUU